CCCGCCCCCGGCCGGCCAGAGCCGCUAUAAGUUCCCCGCGCUCAGCCUCCUGCACAGCAGCUGCCAGAGGUCCACCCCGGAGGGUCCUGCUACCAGUCCCGGGAGACACUGCCACCCCUGACCAUGGCCACGGGUCUGGCUUUGGAGAAGUGGUACCUGGAGCUGGAGGCCAAUGGCCGCGACCACCACACGGCAGAACUGUGCCUGAAGCAGCUGGUGGUGCGGAGGGGCCAGCCCUUCCGGCUAACGCUGCGUUUCCAGGGCAGGAGCUACGAGGCCAGGGUGGACCACCUCACCUUCAUCGUCUCCACCGGCCCAAACCCCAGCGAGGAGGCCGGGACCAACGCCCGCUUCCCGCUGUCCGACGCCGUGGAGCAGCAUACCUGGACGGCCUCGGUGAUAGACCAGCAGGGCAGUGAGCUCUCGCUGCAGCUCAUUGCCCCACCAAACGCCCCCAUCGGCCUGUACAGCCUCACCAUGGAGGCCUCCACCGGCUCCCAGCCCUCCAGCUUCAAUCUGGGCCACUUCACCCUGCUCUUCAACCCCUGGUGCCCAGCAGACGCCGUGUUCCUGGACUCAGAGGAGGAGCGGCAGGAGUACGUCCUUGCCCAGGAUGGCCUCAUCUACCAGGGUUCGGCCAAGUACUUCCAUGAUAUCCCUUGGAACUUUGGGCAGUUUGAAGCCGAGAUCCUGGACACCUGCCUGAAGAUCCUGGACAUGAACCCCAAGUUCCUGAAGAACGGAGGCCGCGACUGCUCCCGCCGCAGCAGCCCCGUCUACGUGUGCCGGGUGGUGAGCGCCAUGGUGAACUGCAAUGACGACCAGGGGGUGCUGCUGGGACGCUGGGACGGCAAAUACGCGGACGGCAUAAGCCCCAUGUACUGGAUGGGCAGUGUGGACAUCCUGCGGCGCUGGAAGAACUCCGGCUUCCAGAAGGUCAAGUACGGCCAGUGCUGGGUCUUCGCUGCGGUGGCCUGCACAGUGCUGCGAUGCCUGGGCAUCCCCACCCGAGUCGUGACCAACUACAACUCGGCCCACGACUCGAACAGCAACCUGCUCAUCGAGUACUUCCGCAACGAGUCUGGGGAGGUCGAGGGGAACAAGAGCGAGAUGAUCUGGAACUUCCACUGCUGGGUGGAGUCCUGGAUGACCAGGCCGGACCUGAAGCCCGGCUACGAUGGGUGGCAGGCCCUCGACCCCACGCCCCAGGAGAAGAGUGAAGGCACCUACUGCUGUGGCCCGGUGCCGGUUCGCGCCAUCAAGGAAGGCGACCUGACCCCCAAGUACGACGCCCCCUUCGUCUUCGCCGAGGUCAAUGCCGACUUGGUGGAGUGGAUCCGGAAUGCAGACGGGUCCUUGCACAAGUCCUUCAACAACUCCACGGUCGUGGGGCAGAAGAUCAGCACCAAGAGUGUGGGCCGGGACCAGCGGGAGGACAUCACCCACAUCUACAAGUACCCAGAGGGGUCCCGUGAGGAGAGGGAGGCCUUCAAAAAGGCCAACAACCUGAACAAGCUGGACGCCAGAGAGAAGCCGGGGGUGACCAUGCGGAUCCGCGUGGUCCGAAGCAUGACAGUAGGCAGCGACUUCGACGUCUAUGCCCAUAUCAACAACGACACCGAGGAGAGCCACUCCUGCCGCCUCCUGCUCUUCGCCCGCACCAGCAGCUACAACGGGAUGCUGGGGCCGGUGUGCAGCUCCAUGGACCUGCUCAGUCUUUCCCUGGAGCCCAAUUCUGAGAAAAGCAUCACCCUCCCGGUGCUCUACAAGAAGUACUUUGACUACCUGACGGAGUCCAACCUCAUCAAGGUGCGGGGCCUCCUCAUCGACCUAGCUACCGACAUCUACCUGGUGGCCGAGAGGGACAUCUAUCUGGAGAACCCAGAAAUCAAGAUCCGGAUCCUGGGGGAGCCCAAGAAGAACCGCAAGCUGGUGGCCGAGGUGUCCCUGCAGAACCCGCUCCCCGAGCCCCUGGAGGGCUGCACCAUCACCGUGGAGGGCGCUGGCCUGAUGGAGUCACAGAUAACCGUGGAUAUCCCGAGCCCCGUGAAGGUGGGGCAGGAAGUCAAGGUCAGAGUGAGCCUGCUGCCCACCUGGGUGGGCCUCCACAAGCUGGUGGUCAACUUCAACAGCAACAAGCUGAAGGCCGUGAAGGGCUAUAGGAACGUCAUCAUCGGCCCCCCCUAAGGGGCUCCGUGCCAGCCCCACCUCAGCCAGCCCACAGCCCCAACCUGAUCCCCAGUCUUUCUCCCAAGCUAACGAGGAAAAUGUGCCCCUCCGUGGCCCCAGACCCAUCUUGUCCCCUGAGCCUGGUUCCCACCCCCUCACCCAGGAGCGAUGUUCUGUGCCUCCCCAGUGGGGCUGACUGGGCCUGGGAUGGAGAAAAUAAGACCCACGCCUCCCCCUCCAGCCCAGGUGCCGUUUGGAAAGCAAUGAUCACCCCACAUUGUCUGCUCUCUACCACGGCCCCUUGGAGCACAGGCUCCAGAGUUGGCAUGUCCUGUGCCCCUUCCCCAGACUGUGCCCGGGCCCCAGGAGCCCCUGGGAGAGCCAGCGCAGGUGGGGAUGGGGCGGGUCCCAGGUGUAGGAUGGGCCGGAGCUCCUCCCAUAUCCCAGGAGCUCUGGCCCACAGCUCCCCGCCACCCCCCCGCUUCCCCCCACGAUUGGGAAGCACCGACAUGCAGGUGCCCCCUGUACUUGCUGGUCCUCUCGUGGCUGCCAGCCCAUUUAGUCCCCACGGGAAACUGCAGAGCGGGAGCUGAUUUCUCAUGGAGGAGGAGACCGAGACUCGGAGAAAGGGAGGUGGCCUGCGGGCCCAGGUGGGCUGGUGGGUAUUCCAAAGGCUGGGGAAGGUGAAGGCCUGGGAACGGAGCACAGGCCUCUGACUCCGAGUCCAGCUCCCCGUUUGUGCCACCAGCCCAGACCUGAGGGUGUCAGGGAGGCCAUCCGGGACCUGAUCCAAAAGGACGCCGUCGGGGUGAGGAAGUGGGAAGCACUGGGAGAGGUCGGAGCCCCAGGGGCGGCCAGCCACUGCCUUCUCCUCUCCGGGCCUCGGGGUCCUCACCUCCGAGGCCCUCGCAGCUCUCCCGACGCCGUGUGGGACCUGGCAAGUCCUUCGCCCUGGCUCCGCAGAGCUUAGGCCACAUGCCUGGGGGCGGGGGGGAGUUCUGAGUGAAACCAUGACCAGGACCACGGCUCUGCCCUCAGCCUAUCCAGGCCCCACACCUGUGCCCAGGCCCCUUCCAUCAGACCCCAGUUUCCAGGGAAAAGAAUCCCCGAGGCCCCUGUCCGACCCAUCCAUGAGCCUACCCAGUGCAGUGCCUAGACUGACUUCACAAGCGCCUCAGCUGCCCCUGCUGCUCACUGACCAAGAGAGUCUGCAGCCCGGCGCCCCCCUCUCUGCUUAACCCCCCUCACUCUCCAUGUGACUGGGUCUCCCUGAGGCUGGAGGAGGGGAAAAGAGAGCAUUCUCCGUCUGGAGUUGGGGUCCCAGCCAGAGUCCCCCAAAGACCGGGGGCGGGGGGAGGGGCCUUGGGGAGCGUCACGCUGAUGCACUUAGAACUGGCUGCUUCGCACAGGGGACGAGUCCCACAGUGAGCCGACACAUCUGUUUUAUCUAUUGCUGUUUCUCUACGGUUUUGUGAACGCUUUCGGGUUCCAAUCAGGCAAUCAGUAGAUAUGCUUUUGAGCCACAAGGAGCGAGCACUGAAAUUAAAGAGUUUAUUUUGCACAUUCAAA